AUGGCUGGAGAGAGGAUAGCACCGCGAGCACAGACAGUGGCGAUCUUCGCGAGCAGAGGUGACGAACUGACGAACUACGACGACACUGCGAGUCCGGCGACGGCAACGGUUGAUGGUGAGUGCUCCGCGGAGCUUGGGGCUGCUAGGGUUUCUCCUUGAGGAUGCAGAGACGAGCCUUGGGUACCGGGUGCUGGCCUGCUGGUUGUGGGCGGGUUGUGGCAGCAUGGUUCAGAAAACCAGGCCCGGCCGGUCAGAUCGGGCCGAGAUCCGGCCGGUUCAACUGAAACGACGUCGUUUGUAGCUUAUAAAAAAAGAGCUACCUUCUCCAAUCUGCUUCCAGCCCCUUCGCCCAUCCCCUUCCGCUUCUCCAAUCUGCUUCCUUCUCAAAAGACUAGCCUCCAAUCAGAACCCUAGCCUCCAUCGCCGCCGCCCGUCCGUCGCAUUGAGGAGCUUCUUUCUCCGUCCUGUCGGCUUCUCCAAUUGUCUAAGUCUUCGUCUUUUACCCUGUUCGCUCUCAGCAACUUCGUCUUCGUCUUCUCCAAUCGUCUUCCGCUUCCUCUCGAGGUCAACUGCUCUUCGCCAUACUCUUCCAAACUUCUCAGAUCAAAGAUGAUUGAUGAUCAAGAUCUGGGUUUCUUUGCCAAUUUCCUUGGCAUCUUCAUCUUUGUACUGGUUAGCUCACCAUUUUGUUAUGGCUGAUCCAAAGUAUGAAGGGAACUAGGAAAUUGUUAGGGUAGAAAGAAAGAAAGAUGUCGGGGCAAACACAGCGUCUGAAUGUUGUCCCCACGGUGACGAUGCUGGGAGUGGUUAAGGCUCGUUUGGUUGGAGCCACACGUGGUCACGCUCUCCUAAAGAAGAAGAGUGAUGCACUUACUGUGCAGUUCAGGCAGAUCCUGAAGAAGAUUGUGUCUACCAAGGAAUCAAUGGGUGACAUCAUGAAGACCUCUUCUUUUGCACUGACCGAGGCAAAGUACGUUGCUGGUGACAACAUCAAGCAUGUUGUGCUCGAGAAUGUUCGAGAGGCCUCCCUCAAGGUCCAGUCCCGGCAGGAGAAUGUAGCUGGCGUUAAGCUUCCCAAGUUCAAGUACACCAAUGAUGGCGAGGUUAACAAGAAUGACCUCACUGGAUUGGCCCGGGGUGGACAGCAGGUGCAGCAGUGCCGAGCUGCUUACAUCAAGGCAAUUGAGGUCCUUGUGGAGCUUGCCUCUCUUCAGACAUCCUUCCUCACACUCGACGAGGCAAUCAAGACUACAAAUCGGAGGGUUAAUGCCCUUGAGAAUGUGGUGAAGCCUAGGUUGGAGAAUACCAUUAGUUACAUUAAGGGAGAGUUGGAUGAGCUAGAAAGGGAGGAUUUCUUUAGGUUGAAGAAGAUCCAAGGAUAUAAGAAGAGGGAAAUCGAGAAGCAGAUGCAAUCUGCCAAGAUGUUCGCUGAGGAACAGGUUGCUGAGAAGCUUGCAUUGCAAAGAGGUAUUUCGCUGAAUAAUGCUCAAAACAUUUUGUCUGCAGUGGCACAGAAAGAUGAGGAUAUCAUUUUCUGAGCGUAGAGCAUUGGUUUUGUUUGGUUUUCAUUGUUCUGAAUAUAAACUUGCUCUGUUGUCGUGUGCUGCCGCCGCAUCUUCCGGUGAGAAACUUCCAUACAAUUGUUUAGAUGAUAGUGUUCUGUACCAUGAAUAAAGGAGCUUGGUUUAUGUUCAAUUAUUUGUUUGUUAUUUAUGAACACCAUUUAUAUCAUAUUCAGAGGUAUAAUAAAGGAGCUUGGUAUAUGUUCCAGUUCAAUUAUUUGUUUGUUAUUUAUGAACACCAUUUAUAUCAUAUUCAGAGGUAUCGAGACAAUCAGCACUUCAAAGUAUGGUUCUUCUAGUAUCUUAUGAAUUUUAGCUAUGUUGUGAUUAGCUUUGACU